UUCGCGGGAGACUCCCCGUCACACGACGAUAAGGCAGAUAACAAUUCACUUACUUCCGCCCGAGGAAGGGAGCGACCAAAGAGAGAACGCCAGAGCGCAGUGUGCAGUGCAGCCCAAAAAUGCAGAAGAAAGUAGUGCAACAGCAGCCGCAAGUGCGGAAGGUAUACACUACAACGUCGACGCAACAACAGCAAUCCGCCAUGCAGAUGAACGCAGUGAAAAAGAUCAACAGUUUACUGCAGAGUGGCACGGUCAGCGUCACGGGCAUCUCGGGCCAGCAACGCGUGCCGGCGAAGAAACCACCGCCUGCCCCGUCAACGAGCGUCUCCAUUACGACCACGACCUCCAACAACUAUGCUAGCCGACAGCAGAGAUGUUACAUUUGUGGAGACCAUGCCGGCAUCCACGCGACAGUUAUCUCGGAAGCGUCGACCACCACCACACAGACGGAGUUCGUGUUGAAACUGGCGAAGAUGAUCGGCGCAACCUACUCCGUCGUCCUUUCGACCGAUGACGUCAUCUGCAGGCGCUGCAUCACGAUUCUGAACCAGUUCGAUAAGCUUGAAUCGGAGUCGGACCACUUGCGUACCACGCUGCUCGGGUUUAUCCACAAGAAGAAUAACAUCCCCGAUGAGGACCAUCUGGGGCAAGGAGGAGGCCCGACGGCAACGGGAUCACCACCGGCCAAAAUGGUGAAGCUCACGCAUACCAGCACCGCUGGAAGUGGCGGUACGGUGGCGGCCACCACUAGCGGAGGUUUAGCGUACAGCAUUAAAACUGUUGGCCACCAACAGCAACAACAAAACGUCGUGAUGAUGGAAGGCGGCGAAACGGCCACGAUUAAAGUAUUGACCAGUGGGGGGAUGUCAACGGAUGCCACCACCGACGUGGUGGAGGCACAGUUAUCCAGUAUGUUCGAAAAGCCAGGUAGCAAUGCGCCACAGCAAAUCGUUGUCUCGACCAACAAUGGGUCCGUGACCGUUAACACACAGGGCGCUGCGGUCGCAACGGCGACGGCCGUGGCCAAUGUGACGAAUCGGAAAACCUCCAAGGUGUACCGGUGUUUGUCGUGCGAUUUCAAGACGCACGACCUCACCCUGUUCCAGCCGCACUACGAGCAGUGCAAGCAGUUGUCCUCCCAAACCCCGGCCGCCAACACCGUAGGCGCAAAUCGUUGCAAGCACUGUAAGAAAGCAUUCAGUUCGUUAGCCUUGCUCAAGCAACACCACCUGCAGGAGCAUCCGUCGCUACCGCUAACAGGGGUGACGACGGGCCUACAAUCGAAGGCGACGGUUAUGACCGCUGGUGGCGGUGUCCAAGAAGGGGUGGUGCAGGCAGGCGUCGCUACGGUGUACUCCUGCAACAUGUGCAGCUACCGGACGGCCGAGAAAACGCAAUACGAUGACCAUCUGCGGAAGCACAUCAAGCUGAAGCCGUUCAAGUGUCGCGUAUGUUUGAUGCGCUUCGAAACCCGCGAACAGGCAUCGGUACACGCGAAACAGCAUCAGCCCGAUUACUUCAAGUGUGGCAUCUGCAACGUUACGUUCAACAAGCGGGAACUGCUGAUAAAGCAUCUCGAGGUGCACGACAACGGUAAAAAGGACGGUAAACUGACGACAACGCAACAGGUCGUCGUGCACCAGCAGCAGCCGGCGGCCGCGGCUCAGCAGCAAGGUAAAGAGCUGAACGACUCGACCCAGAAGCUGCUGACUGACACGAUCAACGAGGCACUCCGGGAUUCGAUCGGUGAAACGAUCGACGCGAAAACGAUUCAAUUCCACACUUGCGGCUCCUGUUCGCUGACAUUCCUGAACGAGAAGCUUUACACGCAACACCUCAAAACGCACGCCGCCGGUGCAGCGGGUGUCGUAACGAGUGCCCCGGUGGGUGCUGGGGGCGCCUCCGGUCUCGCUCAACAGCAGCCCUCGGCCAGCCAUGCGGUCCAAGUGUUCUCUUCGAACGCCACUUCGACAACCACCACCAAUCGGAAGCUAGUCGGUGGGGUAGAGGCCGGAGCAGCAGGACUGAUGACGGCGGGCGGUGGUAAGCUUGUGACAACGGCCAACACGGUGACGUCGGUCGGUGGAGGAGGAGUCACUGGAGGCCAGUCGCUAAAUGCCGGUGCCACCGUCGGUGGGAACAACUCAAUCUCGGACGGUGACCUCGAGAGUAUCUUCGAACGGAUGCACUCGGACAAGGCGGUCGUCGAGGGUACUCCCGGAGCAACGGCUGAAGGUGGCACCAUGGUCAUCACGAACCAGGAUGGUACAACCGAAAAUAUUUCCUUCAACAUAACGAUCCCACAGCAACAGCAACCGGGUCAGGAUGAUUCGUUUGUCCAGCAGCACCAACAGUUGGAAGCGAAAAUGGAACCGCAACCGUCGGUGGGAAUCGAUAUGCCCACGCUCGAUCAGGGCGAUGAGCUGCAGCAGCAGCAGCAGAAGGAUCAACAACAACAGCAGCAACAGCAACAACAGAUAAACAUGCCGGUCAGUAUGCCCAGUCUCGACGAUGACGGUGACCAGUCGCAGAACAGUCAAAACUCCAACACCGAAACGGUGCCGAUGGAGCUGGACGACAUGCAGGGUGCGAACGCACCGUACAAGAUCAUACUGAACCACGAGUCGGGCCAGUACCUGCACCUGGACAAUCACAUCCUAACGGACGGUGAGGGCAACCAAAUUCUGGUGCAGGGCACGGACAGCGAGCAGAUACAGCAGCUGCUGCGCGGUGUGGGCAUCGGCGUGGUGAUGCAGGGCGGCGAGGGACUGGGCGAAGGCGAAACGAUCCAGAUGAUCAGCUGCGACGGCAACAACCAGAUGAUACUGGUGCAGGGUGACGACGGACAGGAGCAACUGAUUCAUCCUUCGCAGCUGAACGCGGACGGCAACAUCGUCAUACAGCAAUCUCAGGAGGGUGAGCUAAUGACCACGGACGGGGCCCACAUUACGACCGAAGACGGUCUGCAGAUACCGGUGUCAGUGGCCUUUACGACAUCGGGCGAAGUGGAUCAGGAGGGCCACCUGACGGUUUCGAUGGCCGGUGCCGACGGUGCGGAUCACCAGCAGAUUCAGCUGCAUCUGCAGCAGGCCACCGGCGAGGCUGCCGAAGGGGACGAACAGCAGCAGCAGCAACACCACGAGGCCGGUGACGAUGGACACCACCAAGCGACCGCCGCGAUCCUGACCGAAGGCGGACAGAUCAUUCUGCAGAAAGCAGCUGCACCGGACGGUAGCGGUCAGCACGAGGCUGCGGACCAAACGAUGCAGGUGGAAAACAAUACCGGUACCGUUGCCGGGGCCGGUGGCGAUGAGAACGGUCCCGCGGAAGAUGACGACGAAGAAGAGCAGCACGGGGCGGCCACAAACGGUGGCACGAGCACGGGCGGCAAUACCGUGACGACGAUAACGAGCAGCCCGAACGGUAUGACGAUCACCACCACGACGGUCACCACGCCGGGCGGUACCUCGUCGACGACGGCUACCGUCUCCGCCGUCGGCAGUAGCAGUGGUGACACGGCCGAGGAUCAAAUGUUCAACUUUGACGAAUUAAUUCAACCACAAAUAGUGGUCAAACAGCAACAGGUUCAUAACUAAAUCUUUUUCUCGGGCGCUGAUGGUACGUGAGCGCGGAGGUGCGUGAGCAGAGCCGAUACAAAGAGAAAUGGGUGAGAAAGAGACAAACUGUAAACAGAAGAGCAGUAGCAUGAGGUGGAGUUUUAGCAAGAACUUGAGUUUUAAGGAUAGGGAGCUCUAGUAUUGUAAGAAUUUGAUAUGAAAAUGAAAACCACGCUUCAUUGAACAGAGAACUCUAACCAAGAUACUUCCCCCGCGACAUAUCAUGUCCGGGUUUUGUUCCCCCCCCCAUUUUUGGUCACAUGUACAUAUUGCGCGUUGAUGUUUUCAACUUUUCUUCAUCCCUUGCCUCUCAUAAGACGCAGUUUACUGUGGAUUAUGUGCGGUCUCACUCGAUCUUUUAACACCUACCCCGGGAAUCGCUUGGAUUCCCUUACAGAGUGGUCGAUCGACAAUCGCACCAGGAUGUAUCAAAACUAAUUUACUUAGCCUCUCGUCAUGCAUGCAAAAGGAAUUACUUUCUUUUUUUUCCAUUCGUUCCCUUACUCUCCGCAGGUCACACCGCCAGUGUGUGCGAAGGAGGUAAUGUAAAAAGUCAAACGCAGUAGAUUAUACUAGGGUAAGUGUCGGAGAGUGUCGAAAGCGAACUAAUAAGGUUUGUAAUGGCUGGCAAAAGGCAUGUUAUUGAUUAUUUUUUUUUUUGCAACAGAGCAUAAAUAUAGAAACAAAAAAGUAUAAAAGUUUAGUUCUUUUUUACGAACGUUAGAAAAUGCGCGCAGAGCUGAAUGUUAACAGAAACGAACACAACCGACUCACAAACGCUACAUCCAAGCGAAGAAAUAGGCAAACAAAUCACAAAAUUUUACAAUUAUUUUAAACAAAAAGCAAACUUAUUAGCUUUAAAAAGAACUUGACAUAGCGAAAGCGUGAGUGAUGACAGAGAGAAAAGAGAAACAGGUGGGGCAAGUGGUAGCAGAAGAAAUGACAUAAAUUGCGGACGGGGUUUGGGUUUUGGUUUGGUAAUAACUGUAGCCUCGUGGAAAGGACAGACGACGGAGAGUGGCGCAUCUCGGCUCGGUGCGCGCUCCCAGUUUGAGGGCUGCGGGAUCUUUGGUGUAACACUUGAGUUGCAGCGGUUCCGCGUUGAUCCGUUGGCCAUACUUUUUCUGCCACGUAUGGAAGGUAUCGGUUGGAGUUGCUUGUUCCGAUCGUAGCAGCCUCCGUUACGGUUGGGACCGAUUGCCGCCUAAUUUCAACAUUUUGGUAAAGUUUUUCUCGAAUCAAGAAAGUAAUGUGUGAAAGUUUUCGUCUGAAUGGUCUCUGAACUCUUCGACACUCGCUAAGAUAGUGGCCACAGAAUAUUCUAAUCUUGCACCUUACAGUCGGCGGUCGUGUCGGGGGUCUGUGCUCUGUUGCCACUCGGGUGACAGUUUCCCUUUGUUUUUCCUCCCGUUUGAUAGUACGAAGUUUUCUGCAACAAAGAGAGAAAAAAGCGGAAUAAACCAAAAAAAUUACAAAAACACCAACACUUUCUGCGUUUAAUUCGAAACGAGUGAAUUCGCGGUCUGCAGUAGAACUAGGCAGACUGAAUCGUGUAAAUAUAUUCAUUGCCCUCCGGAGAUGCCAGGAGCUAGGGGGGGUUCUAUUGUCGCUUUGCUAUAGGGGGCUAAACGUUAUCAAUUUACUGGCCCCUGUUACUGACCAACAGAGGUUUAUCUCGUAAUACUGACGAUGCCUGAUACACUGGAAAAGAGAAGUUUCAAGUCUUUCGCUUUAAUUUCUGUAGACUUUAGUUGAUUAAAACACCGAUACAAGAAAUAGGUAAAGCAGCAGUUGAAGUGAAGGUUACAGCCGAGCAAAUAAAUGUAGAAUAUGAAAAAGGAGAAUAAAAAAAAUUACAAAACUAACCCCUAAGAGUAGCUCGUAUCUCGUAUGAUAAGUAAAAGCCCAAGGAACCAAGCACACAGUGGCGCAAACGCAAGCCCGUUAUCAAUCCGGCAUAGACACACACAUGGACUAAGCCAGCCGAAUAAAGCGGACAGCGCCAGAGAGUUACGUACGGCGCAAGUUUUAUCGUUUAUUCAACAUUUAGGGAAGAAUUAUUUAAAAAUCUUUACCUAGGCGUUAAGGAUUUAUGCGAAAUAAAUGUUGCAUAGAGCAAUGAA